AGCCGCUGGAUGCACGCAGUAUGACCGGUGUGCUUGCUGCGAAGACUCCAUACACGAGAUAAUGCGGCGACGAUUUGGUGUUGCGUGGGAUACUCUUUGAAGGUUGAUCUGCGCACGGGCUCAACGCAAGAAAGUGAGGGCUUUGAUCUCUGGGCUCGACAUUUUCAGUCGCAGGAGGCUGCCGCAUGCAUCAUGUCUCAAGGAAACCAGACCAUUUGGCAGAAAGUGAAAGGGGGGAGUAAGAGUGGGUUCGACAAGGCAUACAAAGCAAUCGACAAGCUUGGGGCGCCCAUCAACAGGCUGAGCAACAGAGUGGGAAGUGAAGCAUUUUGGCCUACAACUUUGGACAAGGAGUCGGACAAGGCGGCGCGCAUCCUUAAGAGCUUCUGCAAGGAUGGCUUCUACAGAGAGGAAGAGGUUCAACCUGCGGACGGGCCGAAGCAGAAGCAAAAGGUCCUACAGAAGAUCCCGGAGAAAGUAAUUCGUAAUGCAAAGGGUGUUGCCAUUUUCACGACUAUGCGCACUGGGCUUUGGAUCUCUGGAGCUGGCGGAUCUGGCGUAUUGAUCGCGAAGAAGCCAGAUGGUACAUGGAGUCCACCGAGCGGCAUCAUGCUGCACACUGCAGGACUUGGCUUUCUCGUGGGUGUCGAUAUCUACGAUUGCGUUGUUGUAAUCAAUACAGAAAAAGCUUUGGAGGCUUUCACUAAAGUCAGGUGUACUCUUGGUGGUGAAGUGAGUGUUGUUGCUGGGCCAGUCGGUGCUGGAGCAGUCCUUGACACCGAGAUCCACAAAAGACGGGCGCCAAUUUAUACAUACAUGAAGAGCCGCGGCUUUUAUGCCGGAGUGCAGAUUGAUGGGACGAUUGUCAUCGAGCGCAUGGACGAGAACGAGCGAUUCUAUGGGCAAAAGCUUUCGGUGCAAGAUAUAUUGGCUGGAAAGGUUCGGCAUCCGCCUUAUGAGGUCGGUCGCUUAUUGGAAACAUUGAGGGCUGCGCAGGGCGACUCGGAUGUCGACGAGAGCAUGAUUCCAACCGAAGCACCUCCAGGCGACUAUGAGAUUGAGGAUGGUCAGAUGUUUGGAGUGCCGGACAAGGAGGAUCCCGAUCCAUAUGGUGUUCUUGCCCUUGAGAAAGAAGGCAUGAGUCUCAAGGAGGCGGGAACGCAGAAACGUGCUAGCUGGGAGCAGUUCUCCUUCAACCCAAGCCCUACAAGCCCGAUCUACAACAUAUAUUCCCGGCGAAGUCAGGACAUGAGCGCAAGGACAAUCAGUAGACGUAACAGCUGGCGCUCCAGCGCAUUCAUCAUGACGGACUCCGCGACACAAACAGACUUGCCGACUGAUGCGCCACAGUCGCCAAGUCGAAGGAGUGUGCGAAGUCAGCAUAGCAGCAAAGCACGUGCUCGCGCAGAGCCUGUCAGCGUGAGCACUUCGAAUGGCUACACUACACCACCACGCACACCUCCCGCCUCGUCAGGAGACUACAAGCACAAGGACAAUCCCGAGCACGACAACGAGCAUGACGAUGACGUACAGAUCAUCGAGCAGCCUGUGGUGCAGUCCAUCCAUACAGUACAACCAGUGACUUCGCAGGUAGUGUCUCGAGCUCGGCUGGUCAACGUACCGAAAAGACUACCUCCAAAACUCCCACCGAGAAACCCAAGCCGAAACAGUGAACAAGUCCAGGUCGAUGCUUCUGCUUCUCCCACUAAGGACGACUUCUCAUCUGUAGAGCGCGGCUCGAUCGAUAACGCUCAGCCGGAAAAGGAGACCGUAAUGGACAGCAUGGGUGCUGAGAAGCACAGCGGCACUGCAGCGGCGGCACAACAGCUUCAGGAAGUCAAACUUGAUGAUAAUGAUGAUGAUCUCCGUGCAAAUGCAUCUGAUAAGGUGGACGAUGCACGAAAGCAGGAACGACAAGACUCGGAGAACAAGGAGAAGAUGCCUGGCGGGUUUGAUUAG